GCUCCUCUGGCCUCUGCCUUGCCUCGGGAGUCCUUCAGCAGCAGCUCAGAGCUGUCCAGCAGCCAUGGCCCUCAAUUUGCUAGUCUAAAUAGGAGAAAUGGAGCUGGUGGCUGGACUCCCCUUGUUUCAAAUAAACACCAGUGGCUGCAGAUUGAUCUUGGAGAGAGAAUGAAGGUUACAGCUGUAGCCACCCAGGGAGGAUAUGGAAGCUGUAAUUGGGUAACCAGCUAUCUCCUGAUGUUCAGUGACAGCGGGAUGAACUGGAAGCAAUAUCGACAAGAAGAAAGUAUCUGGAGAUUCCCAGGAAACACCAAUGCAGACAGUGUGGUGCGACACAGUCUUCAGCUGUCCUUCGAAACCAGGUUUCUGCGCUUCCUCCCCUUGGCCUGGAACCCCCAGGGCAGGAUCGGGAUGCGUGUUGAAGUGUAUGGAUGUGCAUAUAGCUCAGAAGUGGUUCGUUUUGAUGGAAUAAGCUCUUUGCUGUACACCUUUAAUCAGAAAUCCACAAGUCCAACAAAGGAAGUAAUUUCUCUGAAAUUUAAAUCCAGGAAGAGUGAUGGGAUUCUGUUUCAUAGGCAAGGACAAAAUGGCAAGAGUUUUACCCUGGAAUUAGCUCAAGGAAAACUUGUCCUGUCCCUUAAUUCAGGUGAGGCUAACGUGCCCUCCCUUGAUGCACGAGCAGGCCUCAGCCUGGGCAGCCUUCUGGAUGACCAGCAUUGGCAUUCCUUGCUCCUGGAGCUGCACAGCACGCAUGGCAGCCUCACUGUGGACAAGCACACUCGACUUUUCCAAGCACAGCCAGGAUCCAGCUAUCUGGAUCAUGAUUAUAAGAUCAGCUUUGGAGGGAUUCUUGGGCAUGGAAAAUUGUCAACAUUCCCACACAAAAACUUUGAUGGAUGUUUUGAAAAUCUCUUCUAUAAUGGAGUGGAUAUCACUUAUCUGACCAAGGAACACAAAUCACAGAUUCUCCUCGUGGGAAAUGUGUCAUUCUCCUGUUCACAACCUCAAACUGUCCCUGUGACUUUUCUGAGCUCCAGAAGUUACCUGGCUUUGCCACACACCACUGAAGAGGACACCGUGUCUAUAACUUUCCAAUUUCGGACAUGGAACAGAGCAGGGCUCUUGCUGACAAGUCAGUUACCUCACAGGUCAGGGGCUCUUGUCCUCUUUCUUGAUGAUGGGAAACUCAAGCUGAGCCUCUCCCCACAUGGACUUCCAGCAAAAACCAUCAUUGCAGGUGAUGGAUUAAAUGAUGGUCAGUGGCAUUCAGUGUCCUUAGCUGCUAAAGGAAAUCACAUGAGCAUGAAGGUGGACAGCAAUGCAGCAUCUGCUACUCACACCCUGCCUAGAUGGAUGGGCCCCAGUGAUUCCUAUUAUUUUGGAGGCUGUCCAGAAAACAUCUCUGGAUGUGGGAGCUCCCUGGGAGGGUUCCAGGGCUGCCUGAGACUCAUCUCCAUUGGUGACAAAGCGGUGGAUCCCAUCUCUGUACAGCAGGGGGCGCUGGGGAGUUUCAGUGACCUCCAGAUAGAUUCCUGUGGCAUUAUAGACAGGUGUUUGCCCAGCUAUUGUGAACAUGGGGGUAAAUGUUUCCAGUCAUGGGCUACCUUCUCCUGUGACUGCACCCAUACUGGCUACAUGGGAGCCACCUGCCAUUCCUCUCUGUAUGAGAGAUCUUGUGAAGCCCUUAAGUACUUGGGAGAAGAUUCUUCAGGACUCUACUACAUCGACACAGAUGGAAGUGGCCCACUGGGACCAGCUCUGGUGUACUGCAACAUGACAGGUACUGUGUGGACCUCAUUGCAGCACAAUGGUUCCCACCUAGUCAGAGUCAAAGGCUUGCAAGGAGAUCGCCCACAGCCAGUGCUUUUCAAGUACAGUACCAGCAUGGACCAGCUGCAGGCCAUAGUCAGCCAUGCAGACCACUGCCAUCAGAAGCUGGCUUUCCACUGCAAGAAGCCCAGGCUCUCAGAGCACCAUGGUGGAACCCCAUUGAGCUGGUGGGCUAGAAGGACCAUUGAGACUCACAUGUACUGGGGAGGUUCUCUGCCUGAUGCUCAAAAGUGCACUUGUGGAUUAGAGGGCAACUGUGUUGAUUCCCGAUACCACUGCAAUUGUGAUGCUGACCAGAAUGAACGGACCAGUGACACAGUAGUCCUCUCCCAUAAGGAACACCUACCGGUCACUCAGGUUGUGAUGACAGACACAAACAGACCACACUAUGAAACAGCAUAUUCCUUGGGGCCUCUCCUCUGCCGAGGGGACAAUUCAUUUUGGAAUUCAGCCUCCUUCAAUACUGAGAUUUCAUAUCUUCAUUUUCCUACCUUCCAUGGGGAGCUCAGUGCUGAUCUGUCCUUCUUUUUUAAGACAACAGCUUCCUCAGGGGUGCUUGUAGAAAACCUGGGGAUCACAGAUUUCAUCAGGCUGGAGCUGCGUGCUCCUGCAGAAAUCGUUUUUUCCUUUGAUGUGGGGAAUGGACCUUGUGAGGUCAUCGUUCAGUCACCCACUCCCCUUAAUGACAACCGAUGGCACCGUGUGAAGGCUGAGAGAAAUGUGAAAGAAGCCACACUCCAAGUGGACCAGCUCCCUCAGAAGACACAGCUUGCCCCAGCUGAUGGACCUGUUCGCUUGCAGCUCAGCAGCCAGCUCUUUGUGGGGGGAACGGCUGACAGGCAGAGAGGUUUCCUUGGCUGCAUCAGGUCCCUGCAGCUGAAUGGGGUGGCCCUGGACCUGGAAGGGAGAGCCACAGUGACACCGGGAGUGGAGCCUGGGUGCGCAGGCCACUGCAGCAGCUAUGGACAUCUGUGCCAUAAUGGGGGGAGAUGCCGAGAAAAACACGCGGGGAUUGAGUGUGACUGUGCCUCCUCUGCUUAUGACGGGCCCUUCUGUUCACAAGAGAUUUCUGCAUACUUUGAAACUGGAUCAUCAGUGAUCUACAAUUUUCAAGAAUGUGACAAUAACACCUUCAGUAACAGCUCCAGCUCCUUAGCAGAUUUAUCUCAUGAAGAGCUGACCCUGACCAGAGAAAUUGCGACCCUGAGCUUCCGAACCACAGGGGUGCCCAGUUUACUGCUCUACGUGAGCUCUUUCUUCGAGGAACAUCUUGCAGUUGUCCUCACUCCACAUGGAAGUUUGCAGGUAAAGUACAAGCUGGACAGACACAAAGAGCCUGACGUCUUGGACUUUGAUUUUAAAAACCUCGCCGAUGGGCAGCUUCACCACUUGAAAAUCGACAGAGCAGCAUCUGUGGUCUCUGUAGAGGUUGACCAGUAUGCAAGGAAACAAGCUAUCCUGUCAUCAGGGGCAGAAUUCAGUGCUGUCAGAUGCCUUGUGUUGGGAGCAACUUCAGAGCUCCCAGGAGCUGACACAGACACACAACUGGCAGCAACACAUGGCUUCACUGGCUGCCUCUCAGCAGUGAGCUUUGGUGGCAUUACUCCACUGAAGGCAGCUCUGCGCCCAGGAGGAGCUGCCGGAGUCACCAUCCUUGGCUCAGUAAUUGCUGCUACCAGCUGCAUGGAGGGGGCAAGGCCUGGCGCCCCAGCGUGGGAACUGACACCCAGCCUCAUCAGGGGCACAGGUUCUGGAUCAAGCAAUGAAGAAAAACCCUUAGUUAAUGCAGAUACAAAGGACUCUGCUGCCAUCAGAAGUACCAUAGCAGUAGUGGUAUUUAUCUUGGUUUGCCUUGCUGCAAUAGCUGUGCACAUUUAUCGACAAAGAUGGCUGUACCACAAAAACAAAGAUGAUACUGAAAAAGCUGGAGCAGAGGCUGAAACUUCUCUGAAAAGUGAGCUCACUGUGCACAACAUAGUCAGUGAGAAUUAG